UGGCUGCCUGGCAGCUUUCUUAUGUUUUUAACUCUCCCGCAGAGAAGUUAAAUUGAACUAAGUACCACAGCAGACCAAUGUUCUGUUCCAUUCAGCCAAUAAUGGCUCUUUGGGAAACAGCUCUCAGAGGAAAUGAAAACUCGCAUUUGGGAGUAAUUUAGGGAAUAAAACUCAGACUGGAGCAUUUUUUAGGAGCACUCCUACAGAGAGGGGGAAGGGGAGGUGUUUUGGUAGCGGUGUAUUUUCCCCAAAUAGCCGAGCAGGGGUUAACAAUCCUUCAUUUCUCUCGUGCACCUCGGUGGCAGCAGUCUGCGAAAUUUCCAGUAUGCAAGCAUACAAGCUGGGAGCUGCUUUCUUUAAAGCCAGUGGGACUCACGCAACUUUCUGACUCAACUUCAUGCUUUUUAAACUUUUUUUUCCCCCCCACAACACCAGACGGAUGUUUUACUCGUAUCAUAACUUCUUUCAUUAUCACUGCGGUGGAAGUAAACUAAGCCGCGGUGAGGGAGGGGAAAGCCGGCCCCUUGCAGAAAAGAACUUGUGUAAAAUGUGAGGUAUGUGCACAACUGCUGAGAACCUGAGAGCACCUCAUCUGAGAGCCUAAAAGCUGAAUUAUCAUGGACAUGAUGAACCUGCGGAUCCAGUGCAUUCUAGUGUUCCUCACUUUGUAUGUGCAAGAGGGAUUAACAAGGGAUUAUGAAGCAAACCUGGGAGCAAAUCUUCUUUUACAGAGAGUAAGACGUCAAAGCAAACCAACAAAAGCAGUGCUGAAGGUGACAGACUACCAUGUGAAGUGUUCCGUGGUGUCCCGCUACGCUGUUACCAGAGUCCAGAGUUCAGUCUGGAACCAGCUGCCCAUCACCAAGGAGGCUGCCUUCGAGGUGGACCUGCCCUCCUCUGCUUUCAUCUCCAACUUCACCAUCACCUCCAAUGGCAAGGUGUAUGUGGCCCAGGUGAAGGAAAGAGCUGCUGCCAGGAAGAUUUACGAUGCCGCUAAGAAGCAAGGAAAAACAGCCGGACUUGUUGCUACCAAAGAGCGGGAGAUUGAGAAGUUCCGUGUGGCGGUGAGCGUGCCGUCGGGAGCUCGUAUGUCCUUCUCCCUGAGCUACGAGGAGCUGCUGCCUCGGCGGCUCGGCCGCUACGAGCUCAGUCUGGGUCUGAGGCCGGGACAGCCUGUGCAGAACCUCACCUUAGACGUCAGUAUAAUGGAGCGGACGGGCAUCAGUUUCAUCAAAGCCUUUCCUCUCAGGACGAGCCGACUGCUCUCCAACACUGCUCAAGGUGACACAGAGCCUCCUGCCUCCACUCAUGUGGAGCAGAGCGCCUGCUGUGCUCGGGUUCGCUACAGUCCUACUCUACAGCAGCAGAACAGCAUCUCCUCUAAAGGUCUAAACGCAGACUUCAUCAUCCAGUAUGAUGUGGAUCUUAAAGACCUCAUGGGUGAAGUCCAGGUGUAUGACGGCUACUUUGUGCAUUACUUUGCUCCCAGAGGGCUUCCUGUGGUUCCUAAGGAUGUUAUUUUUGUCAUUGAUGUCAGUGGCUCAAUGAUAGGCACUAAGAUGAAACAGACCAAGCAGGCCAUGGGCACCAUUCUCGGGGACCUGAGAGAGGGAGACCACUUCAAUAUCAUCACCUUCUCAGACAAAGUUCACACCUGGAAGAAAGGACGAACAGUCCGGGCGACUCGGCAGAAUGUACGAGACGCCAAAGACUUUGUGAAGAGGAUUAUUGCAGAAGGAUGGACAAAUAUCAAUGCAGCUCUGCUUUCAGCUGCCCAGCUGGUCAACCCUCCAUCCUCUGCCUCUUCCAGCCACCUCUCAUCCCGCCGCGUCCCUCUGGUCAUUUUCCUUACGGAUGGGGAGGCAACCAUUGGAGUGACGGCUGGUGACACCAUCCUUAACAACGCCAAGAAAGCUUUGGGCUCCUCCUCUCUGUUUGGCCUGGCCUUUGGAGACGACGCCGACUUCCUCCUCCUGAAACGCCUGGCUCUGGAUAACCGCGGCGUGGCUCGGAUGGUGUACGAGGAUGCAGACGCAGACUUGCAGCUGAAGGGCUUCUACGACGAAGUAGCCAGCCCUUUGCUAUCAGACAUCCAGCUGUCGUACCUGGAUGACCAGGCGUUUGACAUCACCCGCUCCCUGUUCCCCAACUACUUCCAAGGCUCAGAGUUGGUGGUGGCUGGGAGAGUCAAACCAGGGGUCAAGGAUUUUAAGGUGUCAAUGUCCGCCACUGAUUCAAAGCAACACGUCAAGUUGGAGAACGAUGUGUUGAUUUCCUAUGCAAAGGGGAACGGGAGUGAAGAUUUAGCCGGCUGCUCAGGAGACUUGGAAGGAAUCUCCAGCUUUGUGCACCGUCUCUGGGCGUAUUACACCAUCAAGGAGCUGCUCCUGGCCAAACUGAACGCUACUGACCCUGCAACUCAAAGGCUACUGGCGGACAAGGCCACCAACCUAUCCCUCAAGUAUAACUUUGUAACACCAGUCACUUCUUUAGUCGUAGUUAAACCGGAUGCAGAUGAAGCAGCUCAAACUCCAACCACCACAAAACCCACCACGGCAGCAACUACAACCACGACAGCAAUGACUACUGCCGUCACCAAAAUAUCUGCUGCCGGUGUGGCAAAGAAACCCAGCACACCUUCUAACGCCAGGCCUAACAAAAGAAAACCAGACCCUCCUCAGCCACCGCCAAAGCAGAAUAAAAAACUCUCAUCCCCAACUUCAUCCCCAUCCAAGAAAACCACGACAACUGCAAGUCCCAGCUCUGUCAAAACUGCCCCAGCUCCAUUCUCUGGUAAAAAGCCCACUCCUUCUCAAAAUGAAUCCAAAGCUGCCUCUCUCCCUCCUCCCCCUCCCCCCCCUCCUCCUCCUGCGGGUAAGAUACCCACUUCUGUGCUUAAUGCUCUAAAAACAGCGCCACCCCCUACACCUGGAAAAGUCUCCACCCCCCAGCCCAAAGCCUUGAAAACAACCACUUCCUCAACAACCACCACAAUGCUAACAUUCACCACCAGCACCGCACCUCCACUCAGGUCAGUCACAACUGGCCCUGCGUCCCUGCCAGGGAGACCCCUUACCCCACAGCCCAGUACAGCGAGGCCAGCCCUGCCUCCUGUCAAAGUGAUUGUGCCCUCCACAGAGGCAGAAAACAGCAGCACAUCUGCUCCAGAUGUGCCUGAAAUCACCACCGCCCUACCCGAACUGUUGUCUCGCCUCAUCUCUCCCCCCCCGGCACCGGCUCCAGCUGUGGACGACAACAACACUGACCUGAGCAUCGCCACCUUUGUGUCGGCCACCUUUGCUCCCAUGCCUGGUGUCACAGAUGGGCCGCGGCUGUGGGAAGCAGCAGGGCUUCUGGAUGUCUCCACUUUCAUUCAGAGGAAAGAUAUCGAUCUUGUAAAAGACUAUGAUGCAACCUAUGACUACGACUACGAUCUCAACUAUGACGCCUGGGAUGAUACUGCAGACACUGGAUCAUUUGAUGCUGCUCCGUCCAGACUGAGCACCAUCCGGGUCUUCUCCUCAUCAGUUGAUGGAGAUCCUCAUUUCGUGGUCCAGCUGCCAAAGCUGCAUCAGAACCUGUGUUUCACCGUGGACGGCAGAGCUAAUGAUGUCCUCAGACUGGUAGAGGACCCAGAGAGAGGUAUCAUUGUUGACGGCCAUCUAAUGGGCGCUCCCUCCAAGCACGGUGCUGAAGAGCGCACGCGGACAUACUUCGACCGGCUCACCAUUUCCUCGGCCACAGGCGGCUCCGGUGACAUCAUGAUCACCCUGUCACUGGACGCUGUGGUGGUGGAAGGGGAAGGGCAGGACCAUCUUCCCAUCAAUCAGCAGGGGUCGGUGAUAAGGCAGGGGGUGACAGUUGCCGUGGACAACCAUCAGAGCUGCUGGAUCGAGCUGGCCAAGGACGUGCGCUUCCUGGUUCUGUUCCACCACUACAAACAGCCCAGCUACCUACAGAUGGCUCACCUGGGCUUCUACAUCACAGAUGGGCGGGGGCUGUCUGCUUCAAGCCAAGGCCUGCUGGGCCAGUUUCAGUACGCUGACAUGCGUGUAACAGCGGUGAAGGAUUAUCUGGGUGGAGGUGCUCGCCAUGAGGCGGUUUCAGCCAGGGGGAUCCUGAGGUGGGGAUCGGAGAGCAUGGCGCUCACCUUGCAGGACAAGACGCUGAAAGACACGGUGCGGAAACGCCACAUGGGCAAGUGUUGGGUGGUGCCCAAGGCAGAGAUAGAGAGACUGCUGGGUCACCCGUACGAGAGCUACGUGGUGAAUCAUGGGUAAUUCUAGCCGAGUCUGCUCCACCUUGUUGCCUCUCUGCUGCACAGCUCAGGUCACAGCAGUCCUCAUGGCGUUGUUAAUGGACAAAAGCAUGAACAAGAACUGGGACUCAGUGAGGCUAAAAUGACACAUCACAUGCCACACAUUGUCUAAUAAUAAUUAUAAUAAUAAUAAUAACACAGGUAUGCUUACAAAAGAGGGUGACACUUUAUGAAGGACUAAUGAGGAAUACGGCUGCACGAUAUGAGGAAAAUAUCCAAUUGCGAUUAUUUUGACUGAUAUUGCGAUAUGAUUCAAGAUAUUGGAGGGAAUAACCUUUUUUGUAUCAUUAUUCUCAUUUUCAUUGAAAAUUAUUAAAAUUCAAAUGAUUGUAGUGUGAUUUUUUUUUUUAAGGGGCAUUUUUAGGCCUUUAUUGACAGGAAAGGGGAGAAAGAGAGGGAAGGACAUGCAUCAAAGGGUCGGAAUUCAAGGACUGAGCCUUUGUACAUGGGGCGCACUCUUAACCAGGUGAGCUAUCCAGGCGCCCCUAUAGUGGGCCAUAGGUCCAUAUUGCGAUUUCGAUAAAAUCGCGAUUAAUUGUGCAGCCCUAAUGAAGAAGUAUGGUUAGACUAUUAUAGUGAAGGACUGAAACAGUGCUGUUGUUCUCCGUCAGUGAGUUGGACUUGGAUUCAAGCCGUGCGUUCGGUAUCUGAAACAGACACGGUGUCCUGCUGUUGGCAUGGCAACCACAAAACGUCCAUUUGUGCUGCAGCAGUUUGCGCUUCAUCCAAAAUGUCUCGCACACUAACUCUGUUCACAACCUCGAAGAUGUUUAUCAGAUUAUUCUUAUAUUUCGUCGUGGAAUGAUUAUUAGGCAAAAGCCAGAUUCUUGUCAUUGUUCAAACUGUAUCGUUCUGUAAGUUGUAUGUUUUUAGUACAAGUGUAUAUAAAACAUUAUUGUAUGUAUGUAUAGACACAAAACUCACCUGGAUGUUAAAGAAGAAACACAAAACAGAAAUCGGGGUCUUUCCAGGUUUGCCAUGUGCUUUUUAUUGUUCUAUCAUUUCAUUCAUAGUUUAAUUCAUUUUAUUUGUUACACAAGACAUUAGGCAUUGCUCACGUACUAGUGAUCAAACAAGGACAGUAAGUUUUCUACUACUCAGCCUGACACUAUUUUGAACUUUUGUCAAUUUCAAGGGAUAUUGUCAAUAGUGGUUUCCAAAAAGGCCAAACUGGAUGGAAAUUAAAAGAGUACAACCACACAUGAGGCUUUUGUUUUCAAUAAAUAAAUAAAAAGAAAAGGGGACAGUAUCUGAUGCUGAGGAAGGGCAGGGGAGGGAGGGCUUCAGAUAUGCUCAAAAGAGUAAACAGUAUUCCAGUUUUUAUCAGUUAACAUGUUUCCAGGAUGAAGAGCACACACAAUGUCGAAUGAUGCACAGUGUGAAAACGUUGGUGGACACACAGCUGUAUAGAUUUUGAUUUCCGCUCCGUGACCGACUGUUGCUGUUAUCCUUCCAUCAAAACCUGUCUUUGGAAUGCUAAUAACCGUAUUAAAUGGCGAUGCAACACUGGAAUGAUCACUGAAUAAGGGGGACGUAACACAUGACAUGACAGCAACAAAAACAAA